CGCUUUUUUAUCUGGGGUGGGUGAACACCACAACGCACGCAAUGGAGACAGACGUAUACGGAGAGUCGGUAUUUUUGAAUCAAGUCACACAAACGACCGGCAUCCAUCCAUCGCAACCAGAGCAAUUCCACACCUACGGCACGCAGGCCGCGCAGCCAGGCAGACAGACAUGCCACGCCAUGCGUCGAUUCGAUGCAUGGCAUGGCCAUCCGACAAGCAAGGCAACCAGCGCAUUGCAUUGCAACCAACCGCUCUAGUCACUUAGCCAGCACCAAACAGGUCAUCCACCACCACAAAAGCGUGCUUACGUGUCUGUCUAGACUGCAUGAGCCUAUCUAUGCAUCUCGACAAACGCAAUUAACGACAAGAAGGAACGAUCGACCUACGGUCCAUUCAUCAUUUCUUAAAUAUGCACCACACGAAACACCAUUGUACCACUCACUAACCUGGCUGGCCGUGUCCUCGAAAAUUGCCAUCUGUGCGUGCGUGCGUGCGAAUCUGGCUGUCUGUGUCCGUCCGUCUGUCCGUCCGUCCACCCCUGUAUCUAUGUAUGAGUCAGCCUGGCGGCCAGCCGAGUGGCCUGCCGGCGAGGAGGUGGGCGUGUAGGUGGUACACGGACUGGCCGGCGCCGGGACCGUCAUUGAUCACGAUCCUGUAGUCACCCAGAUUCUGCUCGUGAGCUAUCUUCGCUAUCUAAAAGGCGCAUCAGCGACACACACACAUACACAGACAUUCUCACACACGCGCAGGCGCCUCUGUGUUUUCGUCUGUGUGUAGUGUUUGGUGGCACCAGACUGACUGACCGCGCACAUGAGGUGCCCCAGGAGUUCGACGUGCUGCGGCGCCUGCGCCAGCCUCAGCUGUGAGAGGCCGUCUUUGUUCUUGGGUAUGAUGAGGAUGUGUGUGGGUGCCUUGGGGUUGACGUCCUUGAAGGCCAGCACCCUCUCGUCCUCAUACACCUUGUGCGACGGCAUCUCGCCAGACACGAUCUUGUCUGAUGCCACGAUGCAGACAGACACAACACACACGCACACACGCAGACAUACAGAGAGGGAGGGGGCGUGUCCUUGUUUGCAUGUGGUCUGCAUUUUUUCUGAGAUUCAUCGGAUCUUGUUCGUCUGGUGUGGCCGUACCGAAGAUGGUCUUCUCGUUGGGAUCCCCUGCCAUCUUUGCUGCACCUCCACUCGACCACCGAACGCCUCUCAAUCGGUGCAGACCCGAUGACAACCAAACUCCCUGCGUUUGAC